AUGCCAACAUCAGACGAUCAAGUUUGCAAAGCUUCCGACGCUUCAAGGAGUAGGUUUUCUAGGGAUUUGGUUGUGGUGGCUGCGUACCGACCUAACCCUCUGGGGACUGGCGAGUCUACCGUGUGGGCACAACACCGGAGUUUCUUUCGCUCCCAAGGUCGACAGCGUGAACCAAGGGAGACCUUUAUGGUGGACCUUCUUCGAGCCAUCACCCAAUGGCGCGAUGAAGGCUGUGAAGUAAUUUUGGGGGUCGACGCCAAUGAGGACAUCAUCUCCACUAAGUCCUCUUCCUUUCGCCAACGUCUUCGCGAUGUUGGUAUGGAAGAAGCUAUCCUCCAACGACACCCCGGUCGAACGGCCGCCACUCAGCACCGGAACAAAAGGGGCAAACCGAUCGACGGCAUUUUCACAACCUCUGGGGUGACUGUACAGGCAGGAGGUUACUACAACUUUGAUGAGUUUUUCUCCUGCAACCAUCGUGGUCUUUGGAUUGAUAUCGACCUGGAGAAAUCUUUGGGCGGGUACAAACCACAGAAGACCCCGUACAAACCCCGCAAACUUACUAUGUUGGAUACUACAGCAGUCCGCCGCUACCUGCAACUCGUUCACAAGGGCUACGAGGAAUACUCCAUCCCAUCUCGCUUGGCGUCCCUACAUCACCAACUACAACUAAAUGAAGGGACCAUGACAGCAACAAUGGGUCGUCAUUAUAACUGCCUGCACCAUCAGAUGUACGUCGUAAGGCGAAAGGCGGAGGAAAAAUGUAGACGGGUCACUAAUGGAUCGGUGCCCUGGUCUCCUAAGAUGCAACAGUUUUGGGAUCGUCAAUCCUUGUGGAAGAUUCUUUUGAAGGGGAGGAAGGGUUGCCGGGUGAGUUCGCGUAAAAUCCGCAGAUUGAUGAAGAAGGUUGAGAUACCGGACGCGUGGACGAAGACGACAACGGAAUUGGAGGCCGCCCUCCGACAGGACCGGAAGGACUACCUUGAGGCUAAGACCCAUUAUGCUGCGAAGUGGCGCAAGAACUUUUUGACGGUGCAGGCGGCGAAGUCCAAAAAGAAACAAUGGCGGUCGCGAAAGGCCAGAGUUGAUUAUCUGACACCAGAGACCGCUUCCUGA